AUGCAGACGCUGCAAAAGCUUCUGCCGCUCGUGAUCGAGAAGCUCUCGACCCAGAGUGCGCUAGUGAGGGCCAAGGUGCUGGAGCUGUUGGGCCAUGUCAACAAGCGCCUCAAGGCCGCCCGCUCCAUGGGCCUGCCCCUGCUGGCGCUCGCCCGCCUGGCAACUGGCUCGCUCAACCCCAUGGUCCGCAGCUUUGGGCUCGUGUACACGGAGAUGGCGGUGGACCGCGCGCCGGCGGGCGAGCUGACUAAGGCGCUGAUUGCUGGCGCCACCGCUGGCAGCCCCGUCCUGUCCAGUGGCGCGGGCGUGGCCGUCAACGGUGGCAGCGGCAGAGCUGGCGGCGGUGCCGCGGCCGAGGCGGGCGGCGGGGACGCCGAAAUGGGCGAGGCAGGCGGGGCGGUGCCUGGGGCCAGCGGGUCGGAGACAGUCGCGCCUGCGCCUGAGGCGGCGGCGCUGCUGCAGCCUGCGGAGGUUCUCAUCCCACUGUUGGUGGCGGCCUGCGACCCCUCUGAGCCUGUGUCAAGGCGCGGCGAGGCGCUGGCGCGGCGCCUGUGCGGCGUGGAGAGCCCGAAGACCAGCGUUGACCUGGAGGACGCUGGGCUGGUGGGGCGCCUCAUGGCCCUGGUGCUGGGGGGCGGCGGCGGCGGCGUGGAGGCUGGCAAGGCCGCCACGCCGGUCGGCCCCGCUCUGGCGGCGCGCAUCAUGCAGCUGCUCGUGCGCUCGGUGGCAGCGGCGCAGCGGUUCCCGGAGAACGCGCGUGUGCUGAGCGUCUGCCUGUAUGGCCCGGGCGCCCCUAGCUCCGGCGGUGGGCAGGUGCCGCUGGGAGCGCCGUCUGGCGGCGCCACGGGCCGCCUGCGCGCGCUGGGCAUGGAGUGGUGCGUCUGGGUGAUCAAGCACUCCCCCCAGCACCAGCUCAAGGCCAUGGCGCCCUCGCUGCUGGAGCGCCUGCUGCCCGCCACCGGGGGCGGGGGCGCGGCGAUCGGAGGCGGGACAGGAGGAGGGGAUGCGAUGCAAGUGGAUGGGCCGAGCGGCGGGGCCGGGGGCGGCCCGCAGGAUGCGGCCAUGCGGGGCUGGGCCUACCAAGCCGUCGCGGCGCUGGCGCAGCGGCUGCCUGAGCAUUUUGAGGGGGAUGUGGGUGUCGCGCGCCGCUUCUUUGGCGCCCUGGCGUCAGAGCCCGCAGGCAGCCGCUCCGCCCUGCAGGAGGCCGUCAGCAGCCUCGCGGGCGCCUACUCCCUGGCAGCCGCCCGAAGGCGCCAGCGGGCGACGGCUGCCGCCGCGAACGACGGCGGCGUCGCCGGGGCGGCGGGGGACGGGGGUGAUGACGACAGGUGGUUCACGCGCUUGUUCCCCCCAAGCCACGCCCCCUCGCGCUACGCGUGCUGCCUCGCCGCGGGCGACCCCAAGCCUGAAAUUCGGGAUGCAGGCCUCCGCGGCCUCGCCCUCGCGCCCGGCGGCGGCGGGUACGGGCCGCAGGCGCUCGGCGGCGGCGCGGGCGGGGCCGGCGGCGGCGGCGGCGCAGGGCAGCUGCUGGCCGCGCUGUACCCAGCCCCGAAGGCGCUGCUGGCGGUUGCCGUGUCGAAGCACCCCGGGCUGUCAGGGGCUGCGGACCCGAACCGGCCCCUGCCGAUGAAUGACAGGGCGCUUGAGGCGCUGGUGGCCUUCCUUGGCUGCUGCAGGUGA